UCCUAAAAAUAUCAGGAAAACUCGUCUCUAAUUAAAUAUUCAUGGGGAAUUAUAAUAAUAGGAAAUAACAGUUUUAUCAUGGUCACUAUAUGAGUUAAUUGUACAAUUUAUGAGUUGUUCUACUGCACUUAAAAUAUGUCGGGGGUUUAUCAGUUCACUCAAUGAUAGAAAAAGAGUCCCUGAAAUAAAAAAAGGUUGGGAGUCACUGUCUUAUCUGAUACCAAUUAAUUCUAUUCUUGGAUCCAUAAUAGAUCAUGUGAGAGUUUAGGAUAAUUGGUACAUUAGGUGUGCACAAGAUGGAGAAAAUAAAACCUGAAUCUGUUGCUAUAAUCUUAAGGUACAUAAAAGACUACAGCUGGAUACUGCAGGUGAGCCAUCCACUAAUGCUCUGACAAUCUUGUAUGAUUUACCAGACACAUUACAAAGCAUGGCAAGCAGAAAGUGCUUGAAAAUCAGCAACUAUUUACUAAGGUAAAUCACAGCUUCUGAUGAGAUACCUGCACAGAGGAACAGCAUUACUAAAUAAUCCCAACACUGCUGUUUACUUAUAUCCAUGAUAAAGGCACAGAACCAUACGCUGCUGUAAGGACCACAUGGUAAGAAAUAGCAAUGUGGUCUGAUGAGUCAUCUGUUUUCUACUCAUGGAUACCCAGUGUCUGUUUCAGACCUGUUCUACGUAGUGAUGAAUCUGUGCUGGUAUGUGCAGCCAUCUCACGGGAGCCACAAAAGUCUCAUAAUUGCCUGCAUAGCUGCAUGAAACCUAAAGAAUAUUAAGUCAUUUUACAGAGGCAGAAGCACCUGCUUCUCUGUCACAGUAUUCCCCUCACUAGGAUUAGGAUGCACCAAACUAAAAAUAACACAUUUCUAUGGAGAGUCAUUUUGGGGUUGAUUUCCUCCACAAAAACGAGGAGAAUUCCUUACUGCAUUUAAUCAAUACUUGAUAAUCAUAUGUAGCUCAUUUAUUAUGUCCACACUGCACAUAUUAUUUCUUUAUAAGCACAUUUACACAAACGGUUGUCAGAUUCAUACUGAGGAGUGUGAGUUAUAUCAUCCAAUGACAUGAUAUGCCAUCAAAUGGGGAUGUAAUGUAGCAGCCCAGUGAGCAGUAUGUUUUUUUCUGUGACUGAAGGCAGCUAUGAGGAAAUGUCGGCAGAUGCCUCCUUCAGUUUUUUCUCCUCUGUGCCAAAACUUCACCUCCCUCUGGUGGCAAUACGCAGUAGUGUCUGCUGUGGUCCAUAUAAUUAGAGCAGGACUUUUGACUAAUAGCAGUAAAUGUGAUGAUUGGUUGGUUUAGUCUUUAAGUAUCUGGUUAUUUUUAAAGUUCUUGUUUUAAUCACAAAGUCAGACUGACCUAAAAUAUUGACAUUAUUUUUAACAUAGUAUUAUUAUUGUUGUUGAUAUUUUGGGUCUUUUUGCACCUGUAUUUGUAUUGUUUUUCUGACUCCGUUUUAUAUCACAAAGCCAUAGUCAAACGAGAUUACCAGAAUUUAAACCAAUAAUAUGAGGGAUAUUUAUUUUAUAUUGUUCACUUGCAGCAUUUAACGUUGUCCCUGUGACAAAUACUUAGCUAAUGUCAUUUUACCACUACUUACUUGAUCCCCAGUGCCUUAAAUCCAGUCCCCGGAGGCUCAGGUGGUGGCUGCUUUCCCUGCUGAAGCCUGUUGUGUGACACACAGCAAUCCUGUGGGGAUAAGAAACAGAUUGAGAGACUGGCCGGGGCUGUUCAUGAUGGAUGGAUGGAAAUGGAGGCGGUCAAGGGUCCAAGUUUAUUUAAAAAUAAAGCUAAAAAAAAAUAGCAUUACCUAAAUGAUUGUUGUGCUGCUCUGCAAAUAUUAAAAAGGUACCCAAAAUUUACCCCAAAAAAUACAUUCAUGUAAUUGUUCCUGUAGUGCUUUACUUUGUUUCCUUUGUGACAAAACUACCCAUGAGGCAAAAAUUAACCUUAUCUUGUACUUCUCAACAACAGCUUAUAAUAUAUAAAUGCUAAUUUUACUUUGAUUUUCUACCUUAGCCUCUGUUACUCCUCUUUAGCUUCCCUGCAGUCAUAAAGCAGCAAAACAGUUAUGCCAAUGCUAACAUCAAAGCUAGGCUAUACUUAUAGUGCUAAAACUGCAAAUAGCACCACAGUUUUACUACAUACACAACAAUUACGUGAUAAAGUUGGUAGCCAACAAAGUGGUUUCUAAUUUCUUCAAACAUUACCCACUCAAAAAAACAAAACAAUAAAACAAACAAAAAUAAAAGACACAAAUACUCACAAGGACUGGCUAAAAAUUUGCUGUCACAUAUUCAUUGUCUUUUUUCUUCUGUAGGACAGACAGUUUUGUUGGUUAAAAAAAAAAAGUUGAAAGAUUGGUUGGUAUAUACUUGAAUGGUAAAUUAAUUAAAGGUCCAGUGUGUACGCCGGGUUUAAACAGAUAUAGUAUGGGGAAAACUGCAUUCUCUUACCAUUCACCUUGGGCAUGGAACAGAGAUCUACAAUUAGAAACACUUAUAUCCACUGAUGAAUUUAAGGGCAUCUUAAAGAAUGUGGCGACAAAGACAUGUGCUUGUGUGUUUUUUUAGGGGUCACUAUGUUUGAACAGUUGUUGUUUUAUUGUGGAUUUUUGUAUUAUAUGUUGUAUUUGUUGCAUCUUAAAUGUUUUUUUCAUCACUGCUACCUUGGACAGGUCUCUCUUGUGAAAAGAGAUUUUCAAUCUCAAUGGGACUUCCUGGUUAAAUAAAGGUAAAAUAAAUAAGAUUAAGGGGGAUUCAGUGGUAUCUCACAGUGAGGACUGCAGAUUGCCACCAGAUGAAACUUCUCCCAGUUAGAACUACUUCAGUGUUCAUUGUUCAGGAGGUUUUUACUGGGAGUUGAAUUAUCCUUGGAGAUCUUCCCUCUCCGAAAUAAAUGGACCCGCUGAUUUAUAACAGUAACAAUGCACAAUACAGCAGUUUCACAUUAAAAAAAUCUGCAUUUUCUAAUGCUUUUGUCACAGAGAGGCUUCUAACUACGGUGGCUGAUGCUAAAACAUGAACGGCUUUAUCUGGCACCAAUGUUUGAUUUGUCCUUUUUGGGCUACUGUAGAAACAUGGCGAUGCAACACACAGAGAAUCCACUUCCGAUGUAGAUAUAAACGUCCAUUCUGAGGUAACAAAAACACAUCAAUUCUUAAUUUCAAGUGAUUAUACAUAAAUGAAAACAUACAUAUUCCAUUUCUGCCAAUCAAACUGGACCUAAAAAAAACAGCAGGAUCUAAAUUCCUAUAUUACAAGCUUGCUUUUUGUGCAGUGAUAAGUUUGCAACUUUAAUUUAAUUGCUAACUUGCUCUCCAACAGCAAACCAUUUCCAACAAGUUCAUGUCUUAUACUUAAAACAUUCUGUGAACAUAACUGGAAGCCCUGUCUUGAAUUGUCUUAAAGUAGUGCAAUGUUAUCAUGGGUUUGAGAUAGUCUUAGUCAGGAUAACACAAAGUAUAUCAUGAAUUAUAGUUUAUAUAAACCUAAAAGCGCAAGAAAAAUGGCUUCUGCAAAAUAUUUAAAACCAACAUAUGCCAAAUCCCUCAUAACAAUGGAAAAAAAAAUUACAACAAACAAUGAAAUAUGUGUUGCUUAUCAGGAAAAGAAUAGACUAUUUGUCAUGUAUGUUUUUUUACAUGAUUAUCACCGUAGAGUUCCACUGUUUUUUGUUUUUAAAUCAAAUACGAGUCAAUGCGGAAGAGUGAGGGACCUCUGUCAGAGUACCACGCUUGUUAGAGGGGGUAACACUGUGCGGUGCCAGGCAGAGGUGACAUUUGAUAGGAAGGUUGAAGGUUGUCUUGCCUCAUAACUGAAAUGGAGGGAAAGGACAGGGAGGGGUUGGAGGGAUCUAGCAGAGAUUGAAUUUCAACAGGACAGCAUUCCCAAAAAAUUUCAAGACAGACAACGCGAGGCACCAAGGGGACGGGAGAAGAUCGCGGAUGUUCCCUGAGCAAACAACUGGAAGCACAGUUUGUGUACAAGCCGGUCAGAGAGGCAGGAGGACAAGAACUUUGUGUGUAUGAUAGACGGACAUGAUGACAGAGAGAAAGACAGGCAACACGAUGACAAACAGAAGACAAACAAUGUGAUUUUUCAUCCAGUCACUAGUCUCUGUCAACAGCUGUUUUACACUUAACAGGGUUUGCUCUUAAAUCCAGUUGCUCUACGAAUUCUCAGGAGAGCGGUUUGCAGCGUUCCCUGGCCAGGGAUACACACAGUAAUGGACAGCAGUGACCCACAGGAAGACGAAAGAGGAAGCAGAGGGAAAGAGAGUGAUGGGGAGAGUGGUAAACAGCUGAAGAAUCAGCUCAACUGUGAGGAAAAAGGAGAGAAGGAGAAUAAAGGGAACGAGAAGGAGAAGAAGAAAGAGAGCCGGCGUUCUGGGUCUCUAUGGAGGAGUGGAUGGGCGCUGAGUGAAAGACUGGCCAUCAAUGUCUCAGGGAUGCGUUACGAAACUCAGCUCCGCACCUUAGCCCAAUUCCCCGACUCCAUGCUCGGUGACCCCAGGCGGAGGUCGCGGUACUUUGACCCACUUCGAAACGAGCUCUUCCUGGACCGAAAUCGUGCCUGCUUUGACGCCAUUUUGUACUUUUACCAAUCAGGCGGGAGGCUUCGGAGGCCCGCGAACAUACCCCUGGACAUUUUCAUGGACGAGCUGAUAUUCUAUGAGCUGGGAGAGGACAUCAUGAAUCGCUUCAAGGAGGACGAGGGUUUUCCAAAAGAAGAGGAGAGGCCGCUGCCAUCGAACAAUAUCCAGAGGAGAUUGUGGAUGCUGUUUGAGCACCCUGAGUCCUCAUCCGGCGCACGUAUCAUAGCCAUCAUCAGUGUCAUGGUCAUUGUGGUGUCCAUCCUCAUCUUCUGCCUGGAGACACUGCCCGACUUCCGGUCUGAGAAAGAGACACGAGAGGAAUAUUAUUACAGGUACCACUCCCAGGCAAAGAACAUAUCUGAGAACAUGCCUCCUCCAAACAGUGCUUUCCAAGACCCCUUCUUCAUGGUGGAGACCAUCUGUAUAUGCUGGUUCUCCUUUGAGCUCCUCAUGCGCUUUGCUUGCUGUCCCAGCAAACCGCACUUCUUCAAGGAUGUCAUGAACUUCAUCGAUUUCAGUGCUAUCCUGCCCUAUUUCGUCACAUUGGGAACGGAGCUGGCCAAGGACAAUGACGCCUCUCCAGCCACAUCCUUGGCCAUCAUCAGAGUCAUCAGGUUAGUGAGGGUGUUCAGGAUCUUCAAGUUGUCUCGUCACUCCAAGGGCCUCCAGAUCCUGGGUCAGACACUGAGGGCUAGCAUGCGCGAGCUGGGCCUGCUGAUCUUCUUCCUGUUUAUUGGCGUAAUCCUCUUCUCCAGCGCCAUCUACUUUGCCGAGGCUGAUCACACUGACACCGACUUCAUUAGCAUACCACAUGCCUUCUGGUGGGCAGUUGUCACCAUGACCACAGUGGGCUAUGGUGACAUGUACCCAGAAACAGUGUGGGGUAAGAUGGUUGGCUCGAUGUGUGCCAUUGCCGGCGUGCUCACCAUCUCACUGCCAGUGCCUGUCAUAGUGUCCAAUUUUAGCUACUUCUACCAUCGGGAGACUGAAUGUGAGGAUCAAACCGAGUACAAACACGUCCAGACGAGUCUUUGGGAGGAGGAGGGGCCAGAAGGGGAGGAAACAGAGGAAGGUGAUAGAGAUCCGGAGGGAGAUUAUUAUGCCAUUGAAGGCAUCUGCAACCCUUUGAAUGGGACUCUGCUGGCUGGACUGUGUACAGGGCAAAGCACAGAGUUCAGAGGAGGAAACAUGUAUCUGAGGGAACCAUUGGUUACUCAAGUGUAGGGAGGCUGAGUGUUGUUUUGUAGCUUUCGACAAAGACACAGUCGGAAGUGAACAAAAAAGCAGAAUGAAACACAAUGAAUGAAAUUAGAAAAAAGGAAACUGGAAAAUAAAACUGCCUUUUAUUGUUCAUUUAAAGGUAUUUAUGACAGCACUUGCCAGCCAAAUGUCACUGAAAGGCAACUUUUGUAUAAUAUAGCUUUAAAAAAGCCACAAAAAAAAGACUGAGUGAGUUUAACAUUCUCAGGGUCUUGAUAUAAAUAUAGUAUGAGCUGUUAUUUAUUAAUGCUAUCAGCUUUGUGUUUUAAAAUGACUUUCUGAAUGUCCUUUCUGUGCCUUAAAACUAUGAUGUCUUAGUCACUUUGAUGUCACUUUUUGGCUUAAUGUUUGAAGUGGAAACAGAUAGAUUAUCGACAAUAUAGACGUCACCAAAACUCAACCAAACACCAGCAGAGCUGUCGCCACGGACAGAUCGAGAUUCCCUCGUCAACCAACCCCACGUUCUCAACAUUCUCCUGUAGGUAAUGUACAAAGUUCACAUUUGUGUAGAUUCGGCUCAUGUGACCUGAAGCGCCUGGCGUGACCUUUAUUGCUGUAACACAACACUGUCGCAUUACUCAGUGACACGGUGUGACCCAUUUGUGUUAAAGGGGAACGUUUUGAUUGCAGAAGUUCUGUAUUUACCUGCUCAAAUAUGCUCUCAGUGUUUUUAAUAAAGAUUUUAUUUUGUUAACUUUC